CUCAGACCUGUUGGAAGCACCGGGAUACACGGGAUUGAUCGAUUGACGUCCGUGCAUACCAGUUUUCACCCAGAUCAAAGACCAGCGAGUCCCAGGCAAGGCCAUUGGUGUCGGGUCACUACGUCAUUUUCCGAGAUGGACUCAAAGCAGUUCCGCGAGGCUGCGAUCGCGUCCAUUGACGACAUCGUCAAGUACUACGACACCGUCGAGGAGCGUAGAGUUGUCCCCGAUGUCCAGCCAGGCUAUCUUCGACAAUUGCUUCCAGACGGCCCGCCGCAAGACGGAGAGCCGUGGGCAGACAUCCAGAAGGACAUUGAGUCGAAGAUCCUGCCCGGCAUCACCCAUUGGCAGUCUCCAAACUUCCUGGCAUGGUUCCCGUCAUCAAGCAGCUUUCCAGCCAUGUUGGGCGAGAUGUACUCGUCAGCCUUUACGGGUGCCGCCUUCAACUGGAUCUGCUCGCCCGUCGUGACUGAGCUCGAGACAAUCGUCCUCGACUGGCUGGCCAAGGCUUUCAACCUGCCCGAGGACUAUCUCUCUACCGGCCCAACACAGGGCGGAGGUGUCAUUCACGGCACAGCCUCCGAGGCCAUUGCCACCGUCAUGGUUGCAGCCCGGGACAAGUAUCUUCGUGAGGCUACGGAGCAUAUCGUGGACGAGGAAGCCCGCGAGGACGCCAUUGCCAUCCGGCGCAGCAAGCUCGUCGCUCUGGGUUCGGCUGCCACUCACAGUGCAACCAAGAAGGCCGCGCAGAUCGCCGGCGUGCGAUAUCGCUCUAUUCCCGUCCAUGCCGAGCACAGCUACAAGCUCACAGGCGACGAGGUUCGUAGCACCAUCGAAGCCCUUCGUGCAAAGGGCCUGGAGCCAUUCUACCUGACCGUGACGCUCGGCACGACCGACACCUGCGCCAUCGACGACAUGGACUCUAUCGCCGACGUGCUCGCGGAGCUGGCACCCCCCAAGACCGCAGAGAACCGCAGUAACCUUGGCGGCGACAAGGGCGAGAUCUGGGUGCAUGUCGACGCCGCCUAUGCUGGUGUGGCCCUCAUCUGCCCAGAGUUCCAGCACCUCACGUCGGCAUUCAACCGCUUCCACAGCUUCAACACCAACCUGCACAAGUGGCUCCUUGUCAACUUUGACUGCAGCCUGCUCUUCGUCCGCGAGCGCAAGCAUCUCAUUGAUGCCCUGAGCGUCAGCCUCGCGAUCCUGCGCAACACGCACUCCGACUCGGGGCUCGUCACCGACUACAGGGACUGGCAGAUCCCCUUUGGGCGCCGGUUCCGCAGCUUAAAGGUGUGGUUCGUGCUGCGCACCUAUGGUAUCUCGGGGCUGCAGGCCCACGUGAGGAAGCACAUCGGCCUGUCCGAGAGCUUUGCCGAGGGCAUGAAGAAGCGGAGUGACUUGUUCGAGAUUGUCACCGGGCCUCGCUUCGCCCUGACGACGUUCAAGGUGAAGAAUUCCCGGGGCACGGUCGCCGAGACUGCCGAUGUGGCAGCUGCUACAGCAGCCCAGAACACCUUGACGAAGACGGUGUAUGACGCCAUCCUUGCCGACGGCAGGAUCUUCCUGUCUAGCACGGUUGUCGGAGACGUCUUUUGUAUCCGCCACUGCCCGGCGACACCUUUCGUCGAGCAAAAGCAUGUGAACAGCCACGUUGACAUCAUCACGGAGGUGGCGGAGCAGACGAUCAAGGCGUUGACUCCGUGAGGAGCGAGAAAACAAAUGUCGAAUGUGUAUACACUGUAGAUUUAGACCUCGUCACAAGCGAGCGAGAUUAUCUAGACACAUCUCCAAGAUGCACAUUGUUGCUUGUGCUUCCGCAGGUCAACGAGAUACUCUCUGGCAUACUUCCAUAACAAGCUGUUUAAAAAGUCAUCAAGUCAUCAAGUCA